UCUCUUUAUAACGAGAUAAGAUCUAAUAAUUCAUGCCUGAAAUCUUGCAUUAUUUAGUGGACUAAAAGGAAUACAAGGAUUUUGCAUCGGAGACACGACUCGUAUCUUCCCAUGGCUUCUUCACUAAAGAAGCUCAUCACAAGCAUUCUACUUUUCUUUUUCUACACCAUUAUCGUCGCCUCAUCAGAACCAUCGUGUCGCCUUUACAAAUCGAUCAUUAGCUUCGGUGAUUCCAUCGCUGACACCGGAAACUAUCUCCAUCUCUUCGACGUCAACCAUCCUCCUCAAGCCGCAUUUCUUCCUUAUGGAGAAACCUUCUUUAGUGUUCCCACCGGACGUAACUCUGACGGCCGCCUCAUCAUCGAUUUCAUCGCUGAGUUCUUGGGACUACCGUAUGUACCGCCUUACUUUGGUUCCCAAAACGUGAGCUUCGAGCAAGGAGUCAAUUUUGCUGUGUAUGGAGCAACCGCUUUGGAUCGUGCGUUUCUUAUAGAAAAAGGAAUUGUUUCUGAUUUUACCAAUGUUAGUUUAAGUGUUCAACUUAACACUUUCAAGCAGAUUUUACCUACCCUAUGUGCCUCGUCUUCUCAUGAUUGCAGAAAGGUGCUUGAGGACUCGCUAAUACUCAUGGGAGAGCUUGGAGGGAACGACUAUAACUACCCCUUCUUCGAAGACAAAAGUAUCAAUGAAAUCAAAGAGCUUACUCCUCUAAUUAUCAAAGCUAUUUCUGACGCAAUUGUGGAUUUGAUCGAUUUGGGAGGCAAAACAUUUCUGGUGCCCGGAAGCUUUCCAGUUGGAUGUAGCGCCGCGUAUCUUACUCUAUUCCAAACCGCAAAAGAAAAAGAUUAUGAUCCUCUUACAGGUUGUCUCCCAUGGCUCAACGACUUUGGAAAGCACCACGAUGAACAGCUCAAGACAGAAAUUAGACGACUCCGAAAACUUUACCCUCAUGUGAACAUUAUUUAUGCCGACUACUACAACUCUCUGUACCGACUUUACCAAAAGCCAACUAAAUACGGGUUUAAGAACCGACCUUUGGCUGCUUGUUGUGGAGUUGGAGGUCAAUAUAACUUCACUAUUGGUGAAGAGUGUGGAUACGAAGGGGUUGGGUAUUGUCAAAAUCCGUCUGAGUAUAUUAAUUGGGACGGUUAUCAUUUAACCGAAGCCGCACACCAGAAGAUGGCUCAUGGCAUACUCAACGGUCCCUAUGCAACUCCUGCGUUCAACUGGUCCUGCCUUGACGCUGCAUCAGUGGAUAACGAAUCUUCUUUCGGUAGUUGAAAGUCAUCUGUUCUUCUUCGUCAGUGCAAAUUCUUUCAGCAUUUUUUAAAAAACAAACCGUAGUCUAUAAAUGCCAAAACAAAUUGUCCACAAAUAUAUUUUACGUCAUAAUAACUUAAAUUUUUUUAUUACCGUUCAA